AUCUCUGGGCUCUUCAUGGGUAGUCCUGCCCCCAGAGUAAAUAAUGAUACACAAACACACAGACAGAAAAGCUUGCAGAUCAUCCAAUCAUCUUCUCACACGGCCUCAUACAGAUGUACAGGGACACCGAGCACCAGAGAACAAGAGAUUACAUUUAAUAUAAACACCAGGGAUACCAUGGUUCAAACAUUGAACAAUAUGGAGGAGCUUAGAGAUUCUUCGUUUGGUCGUCCCUCACCCAGGCACGGACUCAAGCUCCUUUUCUGGUUCGCCAAAGAUCACAUCGUCAUCAGAAAUGACAACCAGAUGGUUGCAAAUUGCGACCCCGAAGAGGGAGACUUUGGUUUCCAUCACUUCCGCAACAGACUUGAGUGUGAAAACAAUGUCUGCAAGAGGCUGCUUCCUGAUGAUGGCUACCCAUUCUAUGACGUGGGCAACCUCCACCGCCCAACAUCUAAAUCAUUGCCUAAAUAUGUCCGUGAGGGCAACACUCAUCACAUAGAUACCAGCAACAUGGACCGCCUCAUCAUCAGUAUGCGUCCAGACAGGAUAGUGGAUCAGGUCUAUGUGACCCAGCACGAGGACCUGAGGAGCUUCGACCCGGUCAACACCUAUUGCAUCAGCAGGGGGUUGCUCAUGAUCAUACGUCGCCAUUCAUUGAGUAACUUCCUGAAACAGGCGGGCUAUUCCACCCAUGAGCAAAAUGUAAUUAUUGAUCAGGGCACCACCCCCAGGGAGUCCAGGGAUACCAGGAUUGAUAUGGAAGGUGGAUGCAGAGAUGCACCCAGAGAUGCACCAGGCUUCUGGGAAAGCUACUGUACCAUACUGUAACCAGGCUUCUGGGAAAGCUACUGUACCAUACUGUAACCAGGCUUCUGGGAAAGCUACUGUACCAUACUGUAACCAGGCUUCUGGGAAAGCUACUGUACCAUACUGUAACCAGGCUUCUGGGAAAGCUACUGUACCAUACUGUAACCAGGCAUCUGGGAAAG